AUACACCUUCUCCCCAGCAUCCACUUGCAAAGUCAAUCUACCAGCUAUCCUCCAUCAUCACAAUCACCAUAAUGGCCAAUCCGCUCAUUAGUAAUCACCAUGGCAAGAACGGCAAGUACACUCAGGCCUUCUUGGAGCAGAAUGGGCCUGGAGACGCUCGACCUACAGCUCUUGACAUUCUCAAGGACAACGACCGGAUUGAUAGCAUGAAGGACAGGGUCUUUCUUCUCACCGGGUCCUCUGGAGGAAUUGGCAUUGAAACUGGUCGUGCGCUCGCCGCAACUGGUGGUAAAGUGUAUCUUGGCGUUCGUGAUUUGGAGAAGGGAAAGCAAGCUCUGGAAGAGAUACUUGAACCCGGCCGUGUGGAGCUGCUUGAGCUAGACAUUGGCUCAAUGGAAAGCGUCCGCACCGCGGCCAAGACCUUUCCUGUCCAACUCAAUGUCUUGGUCAACAAUGCGGGGAUCAUGGCAUGCUCAGAGACGAAGACAGCGGAUGGCUUCGAGUCGCAGCUUGCAAUCAACUAUCUCGGCCACUUCCUUCUCUACAAGCUACUCGAGCAGACGCUCUUGUCCAGUUCCACACCUGAGUUCCAAUCCCGCGUCGUCAACGUCUCUUCCGCUGGCCAUCACAUGAGCUCUGUUGUGCUCGACAACAUCAACCUUGAGGGUGAGUACGAGGAGUGGAAGGCAUAUGGCAAUGCCAAGACAGCUUGUAUUUGGAUGACGAACGAGAUCGAGCACCGAUACAGUUCAAAGGGUCUGCACGGCCUCUCGUUGAUGCCUGGUGGUAUUGCCACAGGCCUACAGCGCCACGUCGACCCGGAAACGUUGAAGCAGUGGGGUUCAAGUGAGCCUGCGCAAAAGUAUGGCAAGAGCUCGGCUCAGGGCGCCGCCACAACCAUAACGGCUGCAUUUGGUAAGGAAUGGGAAGACAAGGGUGGUGUCUAUCUGGAGGAUUGCCAGGAAGCUGGCCCGGUCCCCGAGGGUGGUACACUGGCGGUCGGUGUUGCACCACACGCCUUCGAUCCGGAGGGCGAGAAGAAGUUGUGGGAUUUGUCUCUCAAGAUGUUGGACUUGUCAGAGGAGCGAUCCACCAAUAUUGGCUACGGAGGCUGCGCCCUAGGCCUACUCGCCCCGUGUGAGAAGUCUGCUUUGGUUAGGCCUUGGACAAGGCAGCUCAAAUGGGGAUCGGCAUCCGAACGUGAUAUUGAUUUCCGGGAUUGCGAUAUCCUUCGGGGUGUUCGCCGUGAUCAAGGGCGCCACUGA